UUGCGUCGUGUGGGUCGAGACUCGCUUCACUCGUGCAGUCAGUCCCGCCGCCUUCUCGAAUCGAUCGAUAGCGAGCGGCUAUCGAUUGCUGGUGCAGCUGGCACACGUGCAUUGGGAGACCGCGUUGCAGGCGGUCGCGUCAGCCAGCGGAUUAACGAUGAAAUGGCCGAUAUUGUGGUCAUUCACAUGCAAGAGACUGGAGGAAAACAUUAUGUUGAGUGUGCAUGGCAAGUGCCCAAGCUUAUUGAGGAGUUAGCGCUACGACUGCCGAGAUAUCCUACCGUGCGAGCUUAUCUCGAUUUAGAGCAUGAGGCGCCCACUUUUACGGCCUUAGGAUCUGUUAUGUUGAUUCGUGAUGCAUCUAUUGGGGCAAUAUCACAGUUUAAUUUCGCAACGAGGUCAUAUGUAGCUGUGGAAAAAGGAUUGCAUAUUUCGGUCGAUGGUCUGGAGGACUCUCCUGUUAUUGUCAAAAAGAAGUUCCCAAAGCAUUUCUGGCCCACCAUCAAGUGGGGCCGUAAGGGAUAUAUGCAGACGCGCUGGAAAGUAAACAACUCAACGUUCGAUUUUGUCAAUGUGCAUCUUUUCCACGAUGAGUCAAAUCUAGCUCUGAUUCAUGAGAAUCCUCUUUUGUACAGUUCCAAUAGAAAACGGGCUCUUGACUACGUGUUGGACCAGCUAACACGUUCCGAUGGUGUGUGUUCUCCUUUUCGAUUCAUUUUUGGAGACCUCAAUUUUCGACUUGAUUGCCCUUCAUUUCUUAAUCGUUUGACAGAGAGAGCAUCACUACAUCCGCUAGAUGAACAGCAUGGAUCAAUGGCUGAUGGUCUACAGACAAGCACAAUCACACCCAUAUCUGAUCACCUUCGAAAAACCGUCUCUGCCAUCGAGUUUCGCAGAGAAGCUGAAGACGACGUGAAUAGCGGCAUUUGCAAAACUUCUAUUUUACUUGUGUUUUUUAGUUGUGUUCUGCGAAUUGAGAAGAAGCGAUUCGAUUAUUUCAAUCAUAAAAAAUUAUUGGAUGAUUGGAAGUCUUAUCUGGAAGAUGAUUGUGAGACGAAAAACUUCAAGCAGUUGCACGAACUUCCGAUCAAUUUCCCACCAACUUAUCCAUGGAGUGAGGAUCCUGAGGACUCGGAGGUGAUGAUGAAGACUCGCGCUCCCGCGUGGUGUGAUCGUGUUCUGAUGAAUGCCCGUGCAUUUACAAUAGUGAAGAAAGGAAACCCCAGCUACUCUUCAUUUGGUAGAGAUAUUUGCACCGGUGACCACAAGGUGAUUUUAUUGAAUAUCGUUUAG